CCGCUUCCCAAGCAGCUGACAGCCCAAAGCGUAGCGGGGUGAACCUGCUGUGACGAUGGGGCGCGCGCUGAGCAGCGACUUCUCGCGUGGGGAUUUUUCCUGAAAUCCGUCCCUCUAUUCUUCCUUGUCACCGCACACAGGGGGGUGCAUAGACCCCUACGGCACCCAGACAAUGCACGGCAAUCUCCCAACGCAACUACUUAUGUUUUCGUUUAAAUGUCCUUAGAAUGGAUGCGGUCAAAUGGCUGAAGUUAACCCCACGGUGCUUUCUUUUGGAUGACACAAGGAAAUGCGUGCUCUCGGGCAGCGACAAAACAGUAUUAACUAACGGAGCUGGUGCAACGUGGAGAUAACGGAAUUACCUGUGUGACCGAACAACUGUGAGUGAGACGCCAUUCAUUCUGUAACAUCGGAACUCAGAUUGAAGGAACUCUACACUUAAGCCUCCAAUAGGUAGACCUUUGCAUGCAUUACGCACAAUACAAUCUACUAUAUGCAUGUAUAUUAUUUAAUCUGAAGUUAAAUUUGAUCUGCAGCACUUAUUGUCGAGGCUAUAACUUCAAGACUGACACAUUUCCACGAAACGCACCACUUCCUUUCUUGCACAUUAUUUAGCAUGUUCAUGAAAAAGUCACGUUACAAAAUGAGGCUAGUCCCACAUGUAACCUGAGAGUUGCCUGUAUAGAGCCCUUAUUACUACUGACAUGAACUUCAGCGCACCGUAUGGCGUAGAGCGCACGUUGGCCAGUCUCUUUCUUUUGGUGGAGCGACUCUCCACUGCAUGAUAUCGGCUCCAGGAUAACAGUUGCACAAGAAGCAUGCACCCUUCACGGUGAAGAUAAACCUGUCUUGUAUCUGACAGUGUUUUAGGAUCAAACAUGCAUGGCUGCUAUAAAUACAUGCUUUUUACUAUCUGAGCUAUUCUUGGGCAUCGUGAUGUGGAGACAGCUGUGGUGAUUACAUUUUUUUAUCUUGCUGUUUCCAUGCGUCUGUCUUCCUCCCCAGACCGCUGGACGUUGUUGUGGACUGUGUUGCUAUUUAAUGCAAUGGGCUGUAUCCAGAGUAUCAGGUGUAAGCCCAAAAGUUUCCGAGACAGUAUCAUCGUCCUGGAGGUGAACACUUCAAUCGAUUCCAACCCCACCAGCAUCGACGAGUCGUCUAGUGUGGUCCUGCGUUACCGGACACCGCACUUCAGAGCGUGUGCGCGCGUCUUGGUGCCCCCUGUGCCUGGAAAAGAAACAUGGACCAUUGGCUGGAUUCAAGCAUGUAAUCACAUGGAGUUCUACAACACAUAUGGGAACAAAGGAAUGUCAAGUUGGGAGCUUCCUGAUCUGCGUGAUGGGAAAAUCCAAGCCAUCAGUGACUCAGAUGGUGUCAACUAUCCCUGGUAUGGAAACACCACCGAGACAUGCACUGUUGUGGGCCCCACCAAAAAGGACAGCAAAUUCACAGUUAGCAUGAAUGACAAUUUCUACCCCAGUGUGACAUGGGGUGUACCCGUCAGCGACAGCAAUGUGCCUCAGCUCAGCAGUAUCCACAGAGACCAGAGCUUCACCACAUGGCUUGUGGCCAUCAACCAGGCUACGGCUGAGACUCUGGUCCUGCAGACCAUUCGCUGGAGGAUGCGUCUUCAUAUCCAUGUGGACCCAGAGAAACCCCUGGGGCAAAGGGCUGUUCUUAAAGAACCUAUAGCCCAGGAACAGCCUCAAAUUCUGGGCAAGAAUGAGCCCAUUCCAUCCAAUGCCAUGGUCAAACCCAAUGCCAAUGAUGCACAGGUGUUGAUGUGGCGGCCAAAGAGUGGUGAACCUGCAGUGGUCAUCCCCCCCAAAUACUGAGCCUAGCCUUGGAUACCAAACUAUAGGAACAUCUCCAUAUUGUACUGUGUGAACUGGGAUCAUUGUCUGCUUUGACAGCUUUAACAUUUUAAAUAUUUCAAUUGAAGUAUUUUAUUUUUAAACAAACUUUGAACAAAGGGCAAAGCAAGAAAAAGGCUGUGAGCCAUUGACCAGGUGAAGUUGGUUAUUACUGGAGUCAACAAUAAUUUUACAUUCAGGCUGAACUGGGUCAAACUGUGUUAUUUUUUUAUGGGGCUCAGAGGAUUGUUUGGUCAUAAUUGUAUUUGGUAGUUUCUGCCAAAUAUGUAUUUCUGAGUGUGUGUGGGAAUAUUUAUUUGGUACUAUACAAUACAGUAUUUGCGCAGCCCUAUAUGCUACAUAUGCAAAUACUAGUUACAGUACGUAUUUAUAGGCUGGGAGAGAGUGCAUUCAGUUUAGUUUACUUUGUCCUUGUGUGAUAAUUGCAUUGAAACAUAUUUGAAUUUUUGCUACUUUUUUAAUAUACAUGCAAGACAUUCAGUCCAUGCUGCCUUAAGAUGCAUUUUCGCUUCCCUCAGCCACAUGUUUAGCCUUAUACCAAGUGCAAUGCAGUAUAUUUUUACUCCAUUAAAUCUCUUCCAGAUUGUUGGUGCUGACAUGUGGGUGUGAAUUUAGGAUAGGAAAGUCAGGUUAUUACCUGACAAAUGUAUUAACACUGUGUGAGAUGAACAUCCAAGCACAACAGCAGUUGGAUUCACUUCACUCUUUGCAUUUAGUGAGAAAGCAAUCUUCUCCUUGUAGUAUCACUCCAUCUCAGGGCCCCUUUAUUUCCUUGACUUUUUGUCUUUCGUCAUCCUGUCUUUUCUAAAUAGUGUAUAGCAAUAUGAUCAGUAUAGUCACCAAUUUAUGCAUCAGAAAGUAUAAAUUGCAAGUGUAGUUAUCAUGUUCGCAGUCUAUUUCUUAUCUUUGUGUAUUGACUUUCACCUCAUAUGUUUAAUGUUGGUAGAAAGUAAAGCAGGACAACCCGAAUGCUCAUAGUAUAUAGCUGACCCACUUGUUGGUGUUCGUCCGAUGCAGACAUGCACAGCCUACUCUUCUUCUAAGGAUUACUACAAGGGAAUUGAUAUACACUUUAGUUUAGAGAGAUGUUGCUUUUAAAUGAAAUUGUAGAGUUGCAAAUAUCAUUUAAUAUAUGGUUGAUUGUAGGGAAACUGUCUGACCAAAAUUCAACUUCCAAUUCAGACUUAAAUGUAUACACUCAAAUUCUCUUGCUCCAAAGUAGGCUAAAACAAUAAUUAUUACAGAUGACAUGCCAUGUAAUAAAUAAGAUAUGACUGGACUAGUUAAACUUUCCCCCCUUUAGAACAGAAAAGUUGUGUUUCAGAUGACCCCAUAGAAAUAUAUAUAUAAUAUUAUUAUUAUGAAUAAUAAAUAGACUACAGUAUUAUCUAUUUUCUCUAAAUCUGACAAUGAGAACAUCCUACAAUCUUAAAAGAGCUUUGCUUGACUGAAUUCAUGAAUGUUGCCUGUAUACUUCCUCUCUGCUGUGAUCUGAGUCACAGAGAGGAAGCUUAAGGCGUACAGAAGACAAUGUGGGGCUGUUGUCAUUAUAAUUAGGUCUGCAAUGGUGCACUUUGAGAAGCAGCAGACCCUAGACUGGAGUGAACUGUGCUACUGCACAGGAUAGAGACAGAGAUCCUCUAGUGGGAUCAAAGAGCAGAGGUCAGGGGUCACCAACACUGUCUGUGUGAGGGGAGAUAUUAAUGUGGAUAGCUGAAUGGGCACACUGAAGGCUAUGCUGUAAAAGACUAUACAGUAUGCUUUAUUAUGUAAAUAUGUAGUGGACUUGUGGUUAUGAUAAAAUAAUAACUGUUGGUACAAAGUACAUUGUCUCUAGGAGUACUGCACAUUUUAUAAAGCAUGAGGUAAAUCAGGUGCCUUUUUUAGGUCAAAUUUCAGCCUAAACAACUUUUGAAAUAGUAAUUUUCAAUUAAUGGAUCCCAUAUUUGAGUUUAAGAUUGUAAGAAUUAAUUAUAUAACAUAUAAAUACUUAAGUUAAACUUCCCCAUGCAGCAAUCUUUCUUAUAUUUGAACAUCACAUAAUCCUGCCUGUAUUUCUUCUCUCCACACCUAAACCAUGUGUUUUGAGCAUACCUUGCCUUUUCCUGCAGUGCGAAACUGCAAUCACAGCCUGAGAGAUACUUUAGUAGAGUCAAAACUAUUGACCUUUUUAACAGCUGGCAGCCAUGAUGACAGCUAAAAUAGACAACAUGCGUUUGGCUGUGUUAAAUCUCCAGUAGGCCUCUGGGAGAGUGGCCAAUGUGCUGCUGCUGUUACUAAGUCAUGACUUUAUUGCAGAGGGGCAGAGAAGGUUGUGUCCUUGUCAUGUAGCUCGUCCUCAUAAACACUGGCAGAGGGAGAGAGGGAGUGGGGGAGAGGGAGAGAGAGAGGGACAUAGGGAGAGGGAAAGAGAGGGACAGAGGGGGGACCUGCAGGACGAGUAUUAGAUUGUCGCUGCGGAUUCCAUUGACCAGCCAAGCUCACGGAUCCCCUAACACGCAUUAAAGGCAAGCACACAGCCAGUUUGAGUUUCGGGUUUAAAAAGAGAAACAGUGUCCAUACGUCUACUGUUUGUAUUUUUACCAAUGGGCUUCCUUUUACUAAGAAAGUUGCACAGUUUUUGAUAAGCGAAUAGUGCCAAAAUGGAGCAACGCCAAAUCUAUGCAGUGGGACCUGCACUGUUUUGUUUCUUGGCUUCUUCUAAAGUGUAUGUUAUAAUUUGUAUGUAUGUUUUAAUGGGACUAAAUGUAUUUAAUUGUACAGUGCUGUGUAAAUGUCUAGUUUAUCGAAUUUCUAUCACAGAAGAAAUUAUCUAAAACUAUUUCCCCAUUGAUAAACAUUGACUCAAGGAUCAAACCCUCCCCCACCAAAAAAGUUGUGCAGUGCAGCUUAAAAAUGUAGAAAACAGUAGUUGACUUGAAUCUUUUAGACAUUUGCACAGCACAGCAUGAUGUGCCAAUCAAAUGGACAACUUCCCUAAACCUAAACCCACACCGAGAGAGUUCUUCAGGGAGCUGCUACUUUGUGAUGCAUAAACUUUUUGUUGUUACUAACUAAACCGAUGCUACCCAAGUCCAAGACAUCUGCCUUUGUACUGGGUCAGACCUCUGCUCUUUUUUCUUUUCUUUCUGCCGUUCUUCCUUGUGUGUUUAUUUUCCAUACAUAUAGAUCAAAGAGCCACAGUGUUGUCCUUAUAUUUGUUUGUUUUUUACUGCAGCACUGGAAUACUUCAAGGUGUGUACGAUUUUUUUUUAAAUUUAAACUUUGACUUAAUACUUGAAAAGUGGAUAUGUUCUGUUGAAUAUUUCUAACUGUGAAAUGCACAAUAUUGGGAGGUUUACCCCAAAAAGGAAAAUAAAAGUUGUGUUCAUAGACCACAAAUGCUGGAAACGUACUGAAUGUAUUUAUUUAUAAUAAAUGUUAACAAAUGUGCUUUUGCAAAAAAAACAACAAAAAAAAAAAACAAAAACAGUACUAAUACUUUUCACUGUAAAAAUAAACCUGUGAGUAUGA